CUUUAAUGCAUGUGCAUGAAAUGAUUUGUCUCUAUUUUUGGAUUCGUAUUGAAGUAGAAAAGUGGAUACAAGAAAGGCCAGCUAAUGAGACGUGAAAUGGAAGUUUUGGGACCAGAUUUUCGGGAGUGUUUUCGCCUUUACGGUCAGUACAAGGUCUGCCCGGACAACACGUGUUUACACGAAAAUGAAACCUGUCGUCAUAUACACAACAGAUAUCUCCACGGAGGCUUUACAGACCGGAAGCGCGGCGGGGAACUCAAUGGCGUUCGUGGUAACGAUUUCUUCCUUAUGCGUGUUCCUCUGCCUCGCCGUGGCUGCCAUGUUUGUUGUCUUCUUCGCCAGAAGAACCGGAAGUCUGAAAUCUGAGGAGUCAAACUCAGCGACUGAACCAUUACGGAAGUGUUACAUUUCGGAAUCCUCGGACAGCCGAGAUUACAGCGACCGAUUUCCGGUACGGGCAAAAAUUUACUACUGGAUGUGCGAAUCUUCAGAAGAAAAUAGCAAAGGCUAUUUAAUCUACAAUCCAUUACCGGAGAGAAAUGACUUCUUUGCAACUGAGAAUGAAAAUCACCAGGCUUCCAGUGUGUUCAAACGCAACAGCGAUGACAAUGAUUCUCAAAAAGAAAUUCUCAUUGGUGGAAAUGCAGAAUUAAAUGACCCUCACCGCAAUGAAAUAUCACCUGAACUUAUCGGUUUGGGGGAGUAUACUUUCAAACCAAGAUUAAAGUAUACCAACUGCAAUGAAAUACUAUUCACUGACAAGCAUGAGAAAGACAAAUUGUAUGUGAUAAACAGUUACAAGCAUUGCUCUGGGAAAAGUAUUAAUCCUGGAAGUUUGACUUUUGACACCGAUCCUAAACAGUUCUCCUGUAAAUUUGCAAACGAUGUUCUGUGUUCUUCUACUCCAAGACAGGGUUCUAAGCACAUGUCAUUACAUACCAUGAACACUCCCUCCAUAGACAGCUUAAUUACAGAUGUUAAUGUAUAGUCCAAGGUACUAGGCUUAUGUUAUUGUCGGGCAUGAAAACUCUUUCUAUGAAGAGCGCAAUCACAGAUGCUAUAGUCUAGUCCAAGAUGCUUGCCAUAAGUCAAUGCCCACCACAAACAAUUAUCUAAUGGACAGCUUGAUUACAGAUGUCAUUGCCGACACAACCAAUCCUUUAAUGGACAGCAUAAUUACAGAUGUUAAUGUAUAAUGCAAGUGCUAGACACAUUUUAUUGUCAGCCAUGAACAUGUUUUAAUGGACAGCUUUACUACAGAUGUUCAAGUCCAGACCAAGACGCCAGGCAUAUGUCAUUGCCAAAUAUGAGCACUCAUUUCAUGUACAACUUAAUUGCAGAUGUUAAUGUAUCGUGCAAGAUGCUAGACAAAUGCCAUUGUUAACCAUGAACAUUUAAUAGAGAGCUUGAUUACAGAUGUUCAAGUUCUGACUUAGGUGCUAGGCAUAAGUCAUUGCCAACGAUGAACACUCAUGCCAUGGACAGUUCAUUUACAUGUUGAGGUCUAGUCCAAGGCGCAAGGAGUGUGUCAUUGCCAAACAUGAACAAUGACGCAUGGUUGUAUUAUUUUCAACAAUUACUUAAAAUUUCUUCUGCUGAUAUGUCUGGUAAACAAAACGGGGGUUCACAAGAAGAUUUAAAAACAAUAAUCUAUUGAGAAGUUUUUUUAAGAGUGGUCUAGAAGUACAGGUUUCGACCUCUCAACCAAGAGAUUGUGUGUUUGAUCCCCACCAUGGUGAGAGUGGUGUAGUGGUAUAGGUGUUGAGUUUCAACCAAGACCUUGACAAUAGGAAGUGCAAAAAUGUGGUCAUCGUGAACUUCGAGUAUUUCAUUAUUAUUUACGCUACUGGAACAAUAGUUAUGAUUUUAUAUUUGUAGCGAGCUCCACCAUAGCAAUUUUCUGCCGAAACAAUUGCCUUAUAAUGUAAGAGAUAACAUUAAAUUUUAUUUUUGUCUUUCUGUUUUACUGAAAUUAUAAAUUCUAGUGCUUCUUUGUCAAAUGUUAUUGAGAAUACGCCAAGGAAGUAAGAACUUAAUGGAACAAGUCUGCAAAACCUGGGUCUACUCCCGUAUUCAAUUAAUUGUUCCUCAGCUUUGAUUUCGUGUCGUAUUCUACCGUAGAUAACCAUGUCACAGGAAGGUAAUACACGAAAGAAUAGCCCCUACUAAUAGUUCCUAAAAGUUUGAAUUAUGGUAUUGAUUAAUGUUUGUGUUAAACGUGUAUUUCGUUUUAUUAAGUUUAAAUUCAUUGCCAGUGAAGUGUAUUAUAAAAUUAAAAUAUUUAAGAUUUCCGAGAGUAGUCAUAAAGUUCACUACGAGAUCUACUUGCAGCGUAGUAAAAUUGUGUAGAUUUCUGACUUUGUAAACUGUCUUGUACAUCCGAGGUUGUAUACGAUGGAAAAUGGUCGAGAAG